CGCAUAAACCCUAAAACGCCGCGUUCCAGGGUUUUAGGCGAGGGUUUUAGUCGCGAGAGAGGGCGCCCGGGCAAUGAGGCAGGCGCGCGGCGCGAUCAGGGCUGGCUUGCGAGGAUGGCGCCAGUGUAUGCAAGUCCAAUCUCCAUUCCAGCAGACGAUCAGGCAGGCCAGCGCCGUGGCUGUUCCAGCCUACACUCCUCCGCCCUUGCCGACCGUCAGGCAAGUCAGUGGAGUGCCGCCGCCAGUUUACACUCCACACACGGCUCCCAUUCCUCCGGGGAUGUGGGGGAAGUUCUUCAUCAUCCCCCGGCACAUCUCCGAGGAGCCCGCGGGUCGCAAGCUUGCAGAACUUGGAAGUAAGAUCGACGCGUUCUUAAAACUUCCCAACAAGGACGUUGCGGCCUGGGCACAGAUUCUAGCAGCUUGCACCGAGCACCAGGAAUACGUUGACACUCUCGACCUCUUCUACUACAUGAGGAGAGAGUCCGUGGUUCCGGACAAGGCUUCUCUGCUCGCUGCAAUGGAAGCUGCGGUGGGACUGGGUGAUGGCGCGGAGGCGAGAAAAGUCCACUCGCUCCUCGUCGAUGGUGGUUUCGACUCGGAUCCAGAAGUCAAGUUUGCGGUGAUGAGAAUGUAUGCAAAAGUUGGCAGCAUCCAGGAGGCAUGCAAUGCUUUCGACAAGAUCGAGAAUCCAGACGUGAAGGCUUGGACGACGAUGCUCGAGGCCUACUGCCGGCUCGGGAAGUAUAACGCGGUGCUCCAGAUCUUAGAUGUGAUGGCCAAGGAAGGAGCGCCGCCGGACGAGGAUACUUACGUUCUCGUCGCUCAGAAAUCCAGGAACAUUACAGUGGAUGAAGCCAAGAAGCUCCAGAGGCUAGUCGAGGAGAAGAUUGGGCUGAGCGCCAAAGUCGGGACCGCGAUCAUCAACAUGUUCGCGGAGAAGUUUGGAAGUAUGAUCCUUGCUCGGGUGUGCUACGACGCGAUCGAGGACAAGAAGGUGUCCGUGUUCUCGGCAAUGAUGAAGGGAUACCUGGCUCUCAACCAGUAUAGGGACGCGAUCGACAUUGCUCACGACAUGCUGGAAAAGGGGGUGGAGCCUGACGUGUUCGCUCUCGGCUAUGGCCUCACGGCCUGUGCCGGAGCGCGAGAGGUGGAAGAAGGCAAAGCUCUGCACUACACGGCUAUGGAGUACGACAAGCACGAGGACAUCUUCGUGAAGAACGCGAUGGUUAACAUGUACUCUCGCUGCGACUGCCUGGACGAGACCAAGUUGGCGUUUGAAUCAUCGGAAGAGCACGACGUCGCGGCCUGGUCCGCGAUGAUUGGAAUCCUGGGAAUGAAGGACGAGAGCGAUCGAGCGCUCAAGCUGGCCAGGAUGAUGCAGCAGGACGGGGUGAUGCCGGACAAAGUUACGUUCGUGGACAUCCUCACGGCGUGUGCUUACGGUGGUCACCUCCAGGAAGCUGGCCGCUACUUCAAGGACAUGAAGUUCGACUAUGGACUGGUCCCGGAGAUGGAGCACUACGUCGCUCUGGUGGACACGGUUGCGAGGAAAGGCUACCUCCAGGAGGCCGAAGACCUGAUCCGGAUGGUGCCGCUCCAGGUGAACGAGAUCAUCUGGUUCGCGCUGCUCGAGUGCUGCAAGUCCCAGAACGAUGCUCCGCGGACGCAGCGCGUGGGCGAGAUCAUCAUGAAGAUCAACAACAAGCUUGAUCCGCUGGGAACCGGAGCUCACAGGGUGGCGGCGAGAUGGGAGGAGGCCAAGCGCGUGAGGAAGCUCAUGACGGACAGGGGGAUCAAGAAAGAGCCCGGCAAGAGUAUGAUCAGCAUCAAGAACACGGUGCAUGGGUUCGUGGCCGGCGAUCGCUCGCACCCGCACACGAGGGAGAUUUACGCCGAGGUGGACAGGAUCACCGCGCUGAUCAAGAAGGAUGGAUACAUCCCCGACACGAGAUACGUUCUUCACGACGUUCCAGAGGACAAGAAGGAGAGGCUGCUGUGGUACCACAGCGAGAGGCUGGCGAUGGCUUACGGACACAUGAACACGCCGCCGGGGCAGCCACUGAGAGUGAUCAAGAACUUGCGAGUGUGUGGAGACUGCCACACCGCGUCCAAGCUCUACGCCAAGGUUAUGCAACGAGAGAUCAUCGUGCGAGAUAACCGGCGGUUCCACCACUUUGCCAAGGAUGGGACGUGCUCCUGCGGUGACUACUGGUGAUCCAUGGAUCAACUUCGUCCAAGACUGUAGUAAGGCAAUUCUGCGCUAGCUCGCAAUAAACUGGCCAGUGAUAGAGAGCUUUCAUAGAGAGACUUUAGCUAGUUAUAGUACUGUGUAGGAAAACAGGACUUAAAUUCAAAGUGGUGUUUUUUCAGGUAA